ACAUAACUGUAGUAAUAUUGUUACUGUAUGUUACACUAUAAUAGUAAUAUAAGAAUAUAGUUAUUAUAUUCUUAUUGUAUUAUGUCCUUUUAGUAUUACUAUUAUAUUGUUUUUAUAAUUAAUAUUAUGUUACUAAUUUAAGUGUGCCUGAUAGUGUCUUGUCCCAGUGAGGUAUUUUCACCUUAAGACUCUAUAUGUACUUAAAAAUAAUAAGUCUAUUGUUUGUUCAAACUAAUAAUUUAUGGUUUUUACUAACUACAACAGACCCCUAGUUUCUGGUCCAAGCAGUCUCUCAACUACACAGAUUCUUAGCAGAGUGAGCUCCCACAUUUAAAAAAAUGAAAAGAUUAAGUCUCACUGGAAACUGUGAUUGGGCAAAUAUAAUAAAGCAAGUUAGAUUUUGCUGGGCUUUGCUUCCUAUGAAUGCAACGACACCAUAUGUAUGUGUUCCAGUAUAUGUAACAGUUAUAUGUGGUAGUAAACUCAAAUUUAGAGCAUUCAUUAUUCUUCUGGAAUCUUUCAGUAAUGGAAGUUUAUUCUUUCACAGGUAUCAAGGUUACAUUUAUACAUACCGAGUGUCCCAGACAGAAACAGGUUCUUGGAGUGCUGAGACAGCACCUGGGGUAAAUAAAAGAUUUUUCCGGAAAAUAAAAAAUCUCAUUUCAGCAUUUCAGAAGCCAGAUCAAGGCAUUGUAAUACCUCUUCAGUAUCCCGUUGAGAAGAAGUCCUCAGCUAGAAAUACACAAGGGAUAAGAGAAGAUCCUGAUGCCUGCCUGAAAGCACCAUGAAGAAAAAUAAAACACCUUGUAUUUUAUUUUAAUAAUUUAAAUAUAUGCUAAGUUCUGUAUAGUGUAGAUAAUACAGUCAGUGAGCUACUAAUGCAUUUCUAAAACCAUCCUAGUCCUGUAAUGGAAGCAUCUAGCCUGAUGUCAAAACUGAAAUGGACUUUUGUAGAUAAUGAGGAGCUUUGAAAUGAGGAUUGGAACAAAAAAUAAUUCCAAAGAUUAUUUUCAGUUGUUAUAUUUACAAAUGGGAAACAAUUCAGAACAUAAUGAAUACUUUAUAAAAGAUUAAUGUCAAUUCUUGCCACAGAUGAAUAAAAAGAAUCCUCAGUUUUUGUCAAAAGCUGUAUUUUUACUGGAAUAGUAUUUGGUAGUUACUGAUUUUCAAAUGUCUUGCUUUAUUGUAUAGUGGGAAGUUGGUUGGUGUCACUCAUCUUUGUCACGUGCAGUUCUCCACUAGCUUUGGCUCUUUUGGAAUUUAUAAACCUGUGUCCUGUGUGCUAAAAUAAGUGCUAGAUAAAGAGUGAAGAAAGCAACCUUCUCGCCUAGUGUUCUGAUGUUGGACAGUAAUCCACAAACCAAUCUGGAGUUUAAAAUCCCAUCAUUUAAAAUAUACUAUAGAUGUUUACCAUAUUUGAUGCUACAGUGUUUGAAAUUCUGUUAGAAAGACAAUGGAGUAGAUCUUCCUUUUCUUCAUUUACUUCUGCCCCAGUUGUUUCUACUACAUGUAAAACCUCAUUUUGAAGGGAAACUUCACAGCUGUGGCUCAUGAAUAACUGAUUUGUAAGCAUUCCUCCCUUUUGGGUAACCCUAGAAGACCAUUUGAAAGCUUACGGUUACAUUAAUUUUUAACAAUUCCAAGUGAUUGAAACAAGCUAGAGUCAGAUUUUUAUGCAGUAUUUUCUUCUUACAUUUAUAUUUUCAUGACUUUUGUGAUUGAUUAUAUGUCACGUUGCUUCAGGGCUCACAGAAUUCAUUCACUCAACAAGCAUAACAGGGCACUGGGGUAGAGAAGUAAAAAUAUCUGGGCCCUGCCCUCAGGUAGCUCACCUCAAGUUGGACAAGAAAACAAUAAUGGAAGUUGAUCAGUACAUAUGUGAUAUUCCCCAUGUGUAGGUAGAUCUGUCUUUUGAGGCAGAAUGAAUCAACACAAAUACUCUGGUCCAUGGUGCAUAGGAAAAGGCUAAGCUUCAUUGUAAGCUAAUAAAUUGGAAUUCUGGGUUGUACAUGAGUGUUGGUGAGCUUGGUUAGUAAUCAGUGAACUGCCAAGAGACAGAGCCAUUCUCUGUGUGCUGGCAAGAUCUGAUUUCUGAGCAUUUAACAUGGAUGCUAUGGGAGUACAAAGAUGGAGUAUGGCCCCAGUAAUGCACUGUGGGUGGCUUACCAUUUCUUGAAGUAAGAACAUGACGUUGACUUGUAAAGGAAUUCAGAAAACCUACUGUCAAAAUUAAAUGCCUAUGUUUAAAUAAUUUUUAAUUGUGUGUAGCUUGAGUUUAAAUUUUAAUAGGUAUAACUAAUUUUUACUCUGUCUAAUGUGUUCAUGCUGGGAUAAUCCUAAACAUGUGAAUUGUGUUUCCAUGUUCCUUUACAAGAGACUUUUUUGAAGAAAGCUUUUUUGAAUCAUUCAUGAUCUUUCAAAUUUAAAUAAAGUGUUUGAAAGCUUUA